AUGAAAAUAGCCAAAAAAGACGAAGAUUCAGGAGAUUUAGGAAUAUUUUAUCUCCUUGACAAAUCUACUGUACUUCAAGAAGCUCGUGUUUUCAAUGAAACACCAAUCAUUCCAAGAAAAUGUCGCCUAUUACUUACAAAGAUUAUAUAUUUAUUAUAUCUUGGUGAGCCAUUGGCAACUACAGAGGCUACAGAACUUUUCUUCGGUGUAACAAAAUUAUUUCAAUCUAAAGAUAUUGCUCUUCGUCAAAUGGUAUAUUUGGUUAUUAAGGAAUUGUCUACUGUUGCUGAAGAUGUUAUUAUGGUUACUAGUAGUUUGAUGAAGGAUAUGCAGCCAAAAUCUGAAGUAAUUUAUCGAGCAAAUGCAAUUAGAGCACUUUGCAAAAUUAUUGAUGCUUCAAUGCUUCCAAGCGUUGAACGUUUUCUUAAAGCAGCUAUUGUUGAUAAGACACCAUCAAUAUCAUCCGCUGCAAUGGUUUCUAGUUAUCAUUUAUUUUCUUCGGGAAAAGAUGUGAUUAAGAGAUGGGCAAAUGAAGUUCAUGAAGCUAUAAAUUCAAAGCCAUCUUCGCUUGUUGGAGCAGCAUCAUCAUAUUUAACAUCAUUUUCCUCAAGUGGAUCUUCAUACAACAUGCCACAAUCUACUAGCAAUAUCAAUCAAUAUCAUGCUUUAGGAUUAUUAUAUUUGAUCCGACAACAUGAUAGAAUGGCAGUAACAAAAUUAAUACAGCAAUUAUCUGGCGGCAGUAAUAGUAGAGGAAGCUUUGGUCCAUCUAGUAGUGUUUUACGUAAUCCAUUUGCAUAUUGUUUAUUAAUCAGAUACACCGCCAAAAUUUUAGAGGAUGAUCCUAAUUCAAGACAACAUACAUAUGAACUUUUAGAAGGGUGGUUAAGACAUAAAAGUGAGAUUGUGAAUUUUGAAUCGGCAAAAGCAAUAUGUAACAUCAAAGAUGUAACAAUCAAAGAAUUAUAUCCGGCUGUGAAUGAUAUGGAAAAUUUGAUUACAGAUCAAAACAGAAGUGUGGCUACUUUUGCUAUCACGACAUUAUUGAAGACAGGAAAUGAGGCUAGUGUAGAUCGUUUAAUGAAACAAAUUACAGGAUUCAUUUCAGAAAUUACAGAUGAAUUUAAGGUGAUUAUUGUAGAUGCAGUACGAUCUUUAUGUCUUAAAUUUCCAUCAAAACAAGUUGUUAUGCUUGGUUUCUUAAGUGGAAUUUUAAGAGAUGAAGGUGGAUACGAGUUUAAACGAGCUGUAGUUGAGGCUAUAUUUGAUUUGGUUAAAUUUAUACCUGAAUCCAAAGAAACGGCUCUAACACAAUUAUGUGAGUUCAUAGAAGAUUGUGAAUUUACAAAGCUUUCUGUACGUGUACUUCACCUCCUUGGAGUUGAAGGACCAAAAACUACUACACCUACAAAAUAUAUUCGUUAUAUAUAUAAUCGAGUGAUUUUAGAAAAUUCUACUGUAAGAGCUGCUGCUGUUAGUGCACUUGCGAAAUUUGGUGUAAGUGUAGAUGAUCCAGAAGUAAAAAAAAGUAUAAAAGUUUUACUCACUAGAUGUUUAGACGACAACGAUGAUGAAGUAAGAGACAGGGCAACAUUAUACUUAAAAUUAAUGGAAGAUGAAUCUGGCGCUGAAAAAUAUGUUAAAGAUGAUUCUACUUAUUCACUUGCUGCACUUGAAAGACAAUUGGUGCAAUAUGUAAGCAAUCCAGAGUCAGCAGAAAAACCAUUUGACUUGUCGUCUAUUCCUAAAAUCACUAAAGCUCAAGCUGAAGCAGAAAAUUCACAACCUCGAAGCUUUGAUUUGUCAGCUACGCAAACUAUUGGAGUAUCAUCACCCGUCGUUUCAGGAAUUGUUAAUUCUUCAAUUAUUAGUACUAGUAGAGAUGCAACCCCUACACCAGGAGUUGAUCAGCAACAAGUUUAUGUACAACAAUUGGAAAGGAUACCUGAAAUAGCAGCAUUUGGAGUCUUAUUCAAAAGUUCUAAAGCAAUUGAACUCACAGAAAGCGAAACAGAGUAUGUUGUUAGUUGUAUUAAACAUAUGUUCAAUGAACAUGUAGUCUUUCAGUUUAUUAUCAACAAUACACUUAAUGAACAAUUGUUGGAAAAUGUAACCGUGUUAAUGCAACCAGAGUUGGAUGAUGGAUUUUUGGUUGAGGAGUUUGUUAUUCCAGUACCAACAUUACCAUAUGAUCAACCCAGAUCAGUAUAUGUUGCAUUUAGGAAAGUAAAUCCUGAAGAAUAUCCUCUUGCAAGUUUUUCAAAUACAUUGAAAUUUUUAGUUGAAGAUAUUGAAGUUGUUACUGGUGAUUAUGUUGUUCAGUCAUAUCUUAGUGAUUUCCAAGCUGCUUGGGAACAACUUGGUGAAGAUGGACAAGUGGUUGAAACAUUUGCAUUAACAGCAAUUAAAAGUUUGAAAGCUGCUUGUACAAAAUUAAUUGAUUUACUUGAAAUGAACCCCGUUGAAGAUAGUGGCACACCUCAAUCAAAUAACGUACACACAUUAUUGUUAUCUGGUGUGUUUUUGGGUGGUAGUAAAGUCCUUGCAAAAUGUAUAAUGACAUUUGCCCAAAGUACAGGUGUAACCAUGGAAUUAUCUAUUAGAUCAGAAAAUGAAAAUAUUAGCCGAUAUGUUAUUGGGGCUGUUGUAUGA